AGAAAGUAGAAAGAAUGUCAAAAAGUCAAUGUUAAAAACUCAAAAUCCCAAUCAUCUCUCCGCGUCAUUCGCCUGAAUUCUCUUCCUCCUGGGGCUCGCACCAUGCCCACCUCAGCCACAGCCUCGUCGAGCUAUCGGCGCGCCACGCCGGACCUGUUGGUACGGUUGGGAUCGACGGACACGGAAGUCAAGCUGAGGGCGCUCAGGGAGGUCAAGAACCAGAUCAUCGGCAACCGCACCAAGAAGCUCUCCUUCCUCAAGCUCGGCGCCGUCCCUGCCGUGGCUGACGCGCUAGCCCAAGCUCAAGCACAAGCCCAAGCCCAGGACCAAGCCGAGCUCCUAGUCCAGUCGGCGGCAGUGCUCGGUAGCUUCGCCUGCGGCUUCGACGCUGGCGUCCGAGCCGUUCUCGACGCUGGUGCUUUCCCCAAUCUCAUCAACCUCCUCUCCUAUCCCGAUGAGAAGGUUGUGGAUGCGGGUGCACGUUCCCUUAGAAUGAUUUAUCAAUCGAAACUGGCUCCAAAAUAUGAUUUCCUUAAAGAGAAAAGCUUGGGAUUUCUUCUUUCAUUAUUGAAUAGUAAGAAUGAAACUGUUACAGGAUUAGGCGCAAGUAUCAUCAUACAUUCUUGUGAGACAGUUGCAGAGCAAAAUGCUUUAUGUCAUCCUGGGGUAUUGAAGAAGCUUAAUAGCCUUCUUGAAGGUUCCUCAAGUCAGAAAGAUGCUAGUUUAGAAUCUCUAGCCACAAUAAUCAAGAACAAUCCCGAAGCUGCUUCAAAGUUUGUCUCUGAAUGCGGAAGAGCUUUGAGCUCUGUUAUUGACUUGACUAAAGAUAGGUAUCCACGAACAAGGUUAUUGGCCUGUAUAUGCUUAAUUGUUAUAAGGAACACCUCUCCUUGCUAUCUGCAAGAUAUAGGCAUUAAAACCAAAUUGGUACACCUUUUACUUGAGCUUCUUGAUGAUCCUGGUCAACUUGGAGAGGACUCUCCGUUUGCUUUAUCUAGUUUAAUUGCACAAAAGGAGGAUCUACAGAGACUAGCUUUUGAGGCAAAUGCUAUUGAUAAACUGUACAACCACUUGCAAAAAGAUUCAUUACAUCCCAGACGUUUCCAAGGAAUAUUGUUGGUAUUGGCUGAUCUAUGCUCAAAAUUGGAGAGCUGCCGGUCUAGGUUCCUGUCUCUAGAGAUGUUGGACUUGGUAACUCAUGCACUAACUCAUGAUAAUGCUGAUGUACGUGCUGCAGCUUGCAUUUGCUUAAAAAGUGUCUCUAGGUCAAUCAAGACUUUGAGUGCAGGUCGUUUUAUGAAUGAAAUGAUUGUUACUCAGUUGGUUCAGCUUUUACAUGAUCCUUCUACUUCUGUCCAGGUUGCAGCUCUGGGUGCUGUUAGCAACAUUGUGGUUGAUUUUGCAACACACAAGUCUCUGAUUGUAAAAUGUGGAGGUCUGAAGGUGCUUGUACAAUUAUCAAAAUCAAUGGAUGCAACUCUAAGGUUAAACGCUUUGUGGGCUUUGAAGAACUUGAUGUUCCUCGCAGACAACGUGUGUAAAGAAGGCAUUCUUUUGGAGCUCACCAUACCAUUAUUAUCAAGCCUUAUAUGUGACCCUGAGCCCUCUGUCCAAGAGCAAGCUCUGGCCCUUGUUCGCAAUCUUGUUGAUGGAUGUAUAAACUCAGUUGAGUAUGUGUUCGCUGAAGAUGGCAUCUUAUUGGAUGCUAUUGGAAGGCAAUUGCGGAGUGCUUCAAAAGCUGAAAUUGGGAUACAGGGAAUGUAUGUUCUCGGCAAUAUUGCAAGUGGGAAUGAGUUUCAUAAGGAAGCAGUAAUGCAUCAACUCCUUCCACAGGUGAACGAUGGGGACCGUUCUUUUAUACUCAAGUUUUUGCAGAAUAAUGACAGCCAGUUACGCACGGCAGCCAUCUGGACCAUAAUAAAUCUCACUUUUCCAUCAAGCCCUGGUGCAUCGAGUCGGGUUGUAAAAUUACGGAAUGCUGACAUAGUUUCUCAAUUAAAGACGAUGGCCAAAGAUCCCUGUGUGGAUGUACAGCUCCGUGUAAGAACAGCACUAGGGCAAUUAUGACUUUUGGUGCCAGCUCAACAUGAUCACUCUUGCUCAUUUUUCCCCAAUCCCUGGAAAUCCAAGCGAAGAAAAGGAAUAUCGGUGCAGUUUGGUUUUUUCACCUUUUCCUCAAGCUAUGGUCCAGCCAUCCAUAAACUGCCUGCAAAAACGUGGUGCGACGCAUUGCUUUCAGAUUUUUCCGGAGCAGCGUGAGAGCUUUCUCAUUUUUGUAGGUGCUCCUGACCAAAUAGCCUUUUCAUUACCAUGAUAUAUACAUUCUGUAUCCAUUUCUUUGUAUUUAUCGAAUGAUCCAGUCUUGAAGAGUGUACGAUAUGACUCCUACAUAUUGUAGGCUAGUAUGUCUGCAAUUUGUUCAUUUUUGAUGCCUUUGUGGAAGCAAAGCACAAUGGGGCAACUGAAUAUGGAUGCCUUGAUGCUGCUAUGAUUAGGGCAGAAUCACUUGUGCUACAGAAGCUUUAUUUCCAAGCUAACACGGCCGACUCAUUGUUUGGCUGACCACUCUAUGCGUGGUGAAGGUUCCUUUAGUCAGCCAUGGAACAGAAGUCAUAUAGGUUUGUUAUUGUUCUGAUAAUGCACUUGAAGGUUGUCUUAUGUUAGGGUAUUUGGUCAGCCCAAUGUUGUUUUAUAUUUUUGUUAAACAUUCAAGGGGAUUAAGAUUAGUUUCCAUGUAUAUGAAGGCGGGUGCUCUAGGGGAUUCAAAAGUUUUUUCCCCUUUUUUAGGUU